AUGAACGAAGGAGAUGUUACAAAGUUUGUUAAUAAUGCUAGAAAAACGUUGACCGAUGCUCAACUUUUAUGUUCAAGUGCUAAUUUAAGGAUCGUAGAUAUUAAAAAAAAAUUGUCGUCUUGGCAGUUGAGUAUUUCAAAGCUCAAUUUUCUAAUUGUUGGCCUCAGACAGCAAGGAAAGUUUCUUUAUGCUAUUUUAAGGGAAGGUAUUGGGAAGAAGCUAAUUCAGAAACAAUGGAAUCAAGUUAUCCUAGUGGUCCUGGUUGAUGAGAUGAAUUACUGGCAACACGAAAUCACUUCUAAAGUAAAAAGGUUGGAUGGUAUAGUAAACGAGUUAAUCAUGACAGAUAAAGAUAAUACAGAUCCCUCCAAAUUAGGGGACUACAUCUCGAGGGACAACGUUGACUUAUUGCAUGACAAACUGAAGGAGGUACCAGUGAUUCAGCGUCAAAUUGAAAACAUUAAGCUUCAAUACGAGAAUAUGGUUAGGAAAGUUAACAAGGAGCUGAUCGAUACCAAAUUAACGGGCAUAACCCAAAGAUUCCAAAGUAAAUUUGGCAUAGAUAAGCUGAUGGAAACAAAUGUGGCAGAGCAGUUCAGCAAGGAACUGACGGAUCUUGAAAAAGAUUUAGCGGAAAUAAUGAAUUCAUUGACACAGCAUUUUGACAAGACACUACUGUUACAAGACAAAAAAAUUGAUAACGAAGAACGUGAGGACUUGUUUAAGGUGGUACAAGGUGACGAUCAAGAAUUAUACAACAUAUCUAAAACCCUGCAUGAGAUAAUUGACGAUGUGGACAAAUCAAUACUCAACUUGGGUCAAUUCUUACAAACAAAAAUAAACGAAAAGACUGAAAUACACAGCGAAGUUUCUGAAAUAAUAGAUGAUUUCAAUCGAAAUCUAGAAUAUUUAUUAAUCUUUAAAGAUAUUUCCAAUCUCAUUGACACCUUCAAGAAUUCCUGUAGACAAGAUAUUCAAACAACAAAGGAACUUUGUGAAUUUUAUGAUAAUUUUGAAGAGAGCUACGGUAAUUUGGUUCUGGAAGCAAAGCGGAGAAAGGAAGUGGCAAACAGGAUGAAAACUAUCUUGAAAGAUUGCGAAAAACAAUUACAGAAUUUGGAUGCCCAAGACCAGGAAGAACGUCAGAAUUUUAUAGCGGAAAACGGAACUUACCUUCCUGAGACAAUCUGGCCCAGUAAAAUUGACGAUUUUUCUUCCUUAUACACACUAAAUUACGACGUUAAGGAUCCUUAG